AUGAGAGAAUGCGAGGACUUUCAGACAAAACAAGAAGCCGAUCGUCGUCAUCAGAGCUCAGUAAACCUUAACCAGAUCCAACCGAGUACAUCAUCAUCGUUAUCAAGACAUUGGACAUCAGCCCUCAAGAACCCAAGAAUCGUCAGGGAUUCAAGAAUAUUAGGAGGAAAGGACAGACACAGCAAAGUCUGCACCGUUCGAGGGCUUCGAGACAGGCGGAUAAGGUUGUCUGUCCCCACCGCGGUUCAGCUCUACGACCUCCAAGACGGAUUAGGGCUGAAUCAGCCCAGCAAAGUCAUCGAUUGGCUCCUCGAUGCCGCCAAGAACGACGUGGACAAGAUUCCUCCUCUGCAAUUCCCUCACGGGUUUAACCAGUUUUACCCGAAUCUCAUGUUCGGAAGCUCAAGUAACUGCGAAUCUCUGUCAGGAAAUCAGGAUUUGUUCAAGAACUGUGUAUAG